GCGGCCGGCUUUGAAAGGGAGCAGACCCGAUUGAGCACACGCCGCGUGGCUUGGCGGCUCACGCAAAACGGCAUUCCAGAUAUCCGGUUUGGGGCAAGGGGGACGGCGGGCGAAAGCUUCUCGCAUAACGCUCUCGGCAACUACAGCGACAUGAGGUGUGCCAUCUUCUCUUUAGCGAUACUGCUAGGAUGCGCCGCCGCACAGUUCCGCUGUCCGAGCGGUAAUGGCUAUUUCCCGGACCCGGAGCAAUGCGACAUGUACUAUGAGUGCCGCCGAGGAGUGGCCACGCCAAAGCUGUGCGCGGAUGGCAUGGCAUUCCAUGACGGCAAUCCGCUGUACGCCCGAUGCGACUUCCUUGGAGCUGUGGACUGUUCACGGAGGCCGUACCUGCAAAAUGCCAAGACUACUCGCAAGUGCCCCCGCGCCAAUGGCUACUUCCCGCACGAGGAUUACCCGCGAGUGUGCCAAGAGUUCUACACCUGCAGUGCCGGCGUACCAUCCAAGCUCUCGUGCCAGAAGGGACUGGCAUUCAGCGUAAAGGCGGGCGGCUGUGAAUGGGCCGCCAGGGUACCCGGCUGCGAGCACGAGGCCGCCACACAGGGAUCAAAGGACACAUCCGAGGACCAGGUAGAAGAGUGAAAGUGAAGCGCCCGUGUUGAAGCUUUUUCCAGUGGCAUUUCUUUGUGUUGUGAAUAAAUAUAUUACAGAAUACAGAGUUCCUUGCAUUCCGCGCCCUGUAUGAAAAUGUGACAAUAAAGAAUGUUUGUUUACACGA